UUUAUUCGGGUUACAAAUGGCUUGUAAAAGUCAAGCGCUUUUCGACGUAGAUUACAUGUCUACUUUCAUUUUGAGAAAUUAUUUUGAAAUAGGCAAACAGAGGCGUCAGCAUUACUGCGAUCAUGAGACACUGGAAAAGGCUUCUUCCUAAAAAUGCUACAGACACAUUUGCUUACAUUUUCACUUUGUUUGGGAUAAAUUCAAUCUUUUAUUUUGAACUUUUGUACGUGCUGCCGAAAAUCGUUUCUGAGGAGGAAAAUUACAGUUCAUUGAAGUGGUAUUUCCAUGUGACAUGUGGGUGUGUUAUAUAUUGUAAUGCAUUAAGCAGCUUCUGGAAGAUUAUAUCAACAGAGACGAGUGUGAGGGGACUGAUCUUACCAAGCAUUCUAAAGCCAGGCUGGAGAUUUUGUCCUAUUUGUGAAUGCAACGCACCUUCACGAUCGUACCACUGUUUUGCUUGCAAAACAUGCAUACUUCGCAGAGAUCAUCACUGUGUGUUUACUGGCAAUUGUAUUGGACAGAAGAACCAUCGCUACUACAUGCUGCUGUUGUUUUACAAUGCUUUAGCUGGUCUCUAUGCAAGCAUUAUGAACCUGAAUAUAGCCUGGACAAUUGUGGGAACACAGUGGUUUCCGCUGUCAGUGGUUAAACUCAUUUUUCCAUUGUUUGCUUGGAUUUUAGGAUAUACAACGUUUUCAAACAUGCUUCUGUCGGCCAUUUUGUUGCUAUGUAUGGCAGCCAUGUGCGCAAUGUCUGGUCUCCUGUUCUACCACAUGAAAAACCUUUAUUAUGGGCAGAUUACUCAUGAGAGCUCACAUAAAAUAUUCAAGUAUGAUUUAGGCUGGAGAGAGAAUGUCAGGGCUGUGAUGGGUGAAAACUGGAAAAUAGGUUGGCUGUCUCCAUGGUUACCAUCAGCUCUACCAGGAGAUGGUCUGGAAUUCCCAUUAGCUGGUGUGUAUGAAAGUCCAAAAGAUAUAUAGAGCAAAUAAUAUGUGUAAGAGAAGCCUAAAAGGAGAUACAUGUAACUUGUGCAUAACCAUGUCAUUUAGGCUUCUAUUACAGGCAUACAGCAUCAGUUGCCUUAGAUAAUGAAAGUAUAUGAGAAGAAAACUGUGAAACUUGCCAUUCCCUUGGAUGUUGUUAUAAAUGUAGAUUUGAAGGGAAUACCUCCAGAUUUGUGUUAAUUUACUCGAAAUCCAGAUAGAGGUUUUAUUUGUUUGUAAUUGUCAAUAUUAAAAUAUGUGACACUGAAUCAAUUUCAUGCAGAAUAUGUUUUUAUUUUUUUUAUAUUAAAUUUUGUAAAACGAAAAAAAACAAAAAAAAAACCCGCAAAUAAAUGUAGAAAAACUUCCAAGUGUGUUAAAGGGACUGGACUCCAGAAUUUGGCUAAAAAUGAUCUUUCUUUAAGAUUAAAGUUUGGUCAUAUUAUGAACAUUAGAAGAAGAAGAAGAGGAGGAAGAAGAAGAUUUUAUUUAAGACUUGAACUGAAACAUACAAUUAGCAAUAUAGCAAUAUAUAAGGUCAAACUAUACAGCAAAUAAAUAUAUCUGUACAUUCAAAUAAUAAACAUUCAAAACGAGAGUAACACUUCAUAAAUUACACAGUUUAAGCAUUAACAACUAUUUCGUAUUCUGUCAUUUAAGAAUUUUUUUUCUGAUUUUCACGGCACAAUGUAUAUAACAUGCGAGUUUAUUUAGCACUUUUGCGUUAGGUGAUGAAAAAUUAGAACAUCAGUUUUUGUUUCUAAACUAUCUUAAAAAAUGCAACCCCUUUAAGGGUCAUUUGGGCCUCUUGUUUGUGUUGGUGUUCAAUCUAAAGUUCAGUGCUUUUAAUCACAUAUGGCAAAAGCUUGGAAACUGUUUUCUGUUAGUCAUAUGGUAGGGGCUCGAUGUAAAAAAAGGAGAUGUGCUGUUUUAUGGUAAUCACAUGUUAAAAGCUUGAUGUAGAAUAGAAUAAAAUGAUAUAUGUUCUGUUACUGACAUGGUAUAAUAGUUUUAUGUAAAACAGAAGGAAAUGAAGUGUUUUUUGUUAAAAGUUGAUGUAAAAUAGAAGGAAAAAAGCUAUUUUUUGUUAGUCACAUUUUAGAAAUGUGAUGUAAAAUAGAAGGAAAUAACCCAUUUUCUGUUAGUCACAUGGUAAAAGCUUGAUACAAAAUAGAAAGAAAUUGCCUGGUUUCUGCUAGUCAAAUGCCCGUGAUGGUAAAAGCUUGAUAUAAAGUAGAGGGAAAUUAGUUGUCUAACAUACUGGUAAAAUAUCACCUUCAAAUAUUGAUUACAUUUUUGUCAAGUUGCUGUCUGUUUUAAGUUCACCAGGGUACAAAGUACUCAAGAUGAGCUAUGUCUUCUCGUGCGUCAUGGUGGUCAUCAUGAAUUUGACUGUUACACUCUGAGGUCACAGUUUUGGGCCAGUCUUAAUGAAACUUGGUUAGAAUGUUUCAAUAAAAUAUCACAUGAGUUUGUUACUGGGUCAAAAACUAGGCCACUAGGUCAGUUAUAGGAAGACUUUGUUAACACUCUAGAGACCACAUUUUCUAUCUCAUCUUUAUGAAACUUUGUCAGAAUGUUUGUCUCUAUAAAAUCUAGGUAAAAAACAAAACUAGGUUACCUGAGGUAAAAACAAUAGCUCAGUAGGUCAGGUCAUGGAAAACCCUUUCAAGACUCUAGAGGCUAUAUUUUCUGUUUGAUCUUAAAACUUUGUCAGAAUGUUUGUCUCUAAAAUCUAGGUCAAGUUUAAAACUGGGUUACCAGAGGUCACAAACUUGGUCAUUAGGUUAAUAUAUAUAAAAACCUUGUCUUUAGAUAUAUUAUAUAAAAUAUGUAUAUUGUUGUAUUUCUGGAGCCAUGCCUCUUUAAAAUUAGAUGCUGUAUGAGCCCAUCUGACAGUUAACAUUCCUCCCACUUUAUGAACUAUAGUAGUAUUAGUAUGGAAUAGUUGUUUGGAAACAUUAGAUUUUAUACCAGCUAAGAUUUUAUUAAUGUGUUUAAAUGUAUUAAUAAAUUUUGCAUGUUUUUAA